GCUGGAUGUAUCGAUGGGCUUCAGUCUAGUUCAGAUGGAUGCAAGACUAGCAUUUGCUUUGACUGCAACAACCGUAGCUUUGAUAAAAUCUAAUGAGAGAAAAUCUAAUCUGGAGUAGGGCGGCUAGGCUGCAGAAUUCUUGAGGCUUCUGGGUCUUGCUUCAUUCUUUUCUCGACGAUACUUUUGAUAGACAACACGUAAUGCUUCGGAGUAGCAGUCGGUCGGUGAUUCAAGUUCUAGCACUCGACGCACUCGUCCAUCACUACCUACUGGUACCUGCCAGAGUUUGCAAGUGACAGCAGCGUCGAUCCACUUGUACGAGAAAAUUGUCGAUACUGAAGUGAAUGUUCCGCAAAAGUUGUAGAUGUAAUCGAAGCGCAGGUAGAUAGCCGGCGGUAGAUCUACACGCUGCUCGUAAGUCGUAGCCUAUGUGUGUCUUGUAGUGAAUAUCUACAUGACUUGUACGUUGUAGUCUUGUGUUUCCAUCGCGGUCUGUGUGACUUGUAUCUAGUAAGUAGUAGUUCGCAACAUCACACGUAACUGUAGGACAUCUGUGAGGGGGGAAGCGGACACGGAACAGCCAUUAUUCACCGUGACCUCCGCGGCCAAUCCAAGUCCGCAGGGUGUGUACGCUGUCGGCUCAUUGUGGAUUUGCCAGUCUGCUGAAGUCGUGGAUGGUUUCUAGUUGCGCGGACACUCCUAGAUCCUGCACAGGGAAGCUUACGAGCACACCACUGUCAUCAGCUCCUACAAGUCCUAGUUUCUUCUCUCCUGCCUGUUGCGGAGUCGUGUCAGCAGACAACCAACGACCCGGAUCGGGCCAGUGACAUACAGUGUUGGAUAUUCUCGGAGCCAGGGCUCCUCCUCGGGAGGCGAAAGGUGCACACAUUCUUCGCCCAGAGGCGACUGUUCAACGGGCUUGUUGUAGGCCAUCGCACGACGCUCCAGGCUGCUCGCACAGUCACGGAUAAGAAGGCCAUCUGCUAUGAGGUAUGUCGGCUGAUUCUCGCGCUUGAAUCACUGACCUGGUCACAGCAGCCUGCUUGCCUGCCAGCGAUAUUGCCAUGCUGAAGUGGGUGAAAAACCGCCGCAAGUCCUCGCCGGAUGACGGAGCUGGUCAGAGAGCAAGGCGUCUGAACGCACUGUACGAUGCCCACGAGCAGACGAAGUCUGCUGAAGGAAGAUACGAGUUGGGCCUGAAGCGUUCCGAUACAGCAUGGGACAUCAGCAUGGGUUCCGGCCAGAGUCCAGCGUCGGAUUAUCACGAUGGGUCGCUGGAUGAGGCCAUGGAGCACGUAGCGUCCGUCUCUGUUUGCAGUAGCGACCAGAGUACGGAGAACAGCGGGGAGCUUCUCGACUCGUGGCUUGAGUUUCCCUCGGACAACCUAGUCAUUGGGCAAAUUCUGCACGAGGGCAAUUUCACGUGCAUCAUGAAGGCCGAGGGAGAGGGCAUCAACGGUGUCGACGACUCCCAAGUGGUGUGCGUGAAAAUGCUCAAAGAUGGUGUGCAUAGACGCUACACAAAACUACUCCGGUGUGAGCUCGAGCUAGUCAAGGACAUUGGGCCACAUCCGAACAUAGUCAGCAUCGUCGGCUCGUGCAUGCUGCGCUCUCCACCAUGCUUAGUCAUGGAAUAUUUACCAAACGGAAGUCUUCUACGCUACAUGAGGACAAGUCGAGGGGCAAUACCUAAUCUGGAUGAUGAUGUCCCACCUCUAACGGGAGGACAGCUUCUGACCUUUGCCACCCUGAUUGCAAAAGGUAUGGCGUAUCUUGAAAGCACGGACACGGUGCAUAGGGACGUAGCUGCACGCAAUGUGUUCCUCACACUGGACCUGAUACCUAAGAUCGGCAACUUCAACAGCUGUGUGGAGGGCCGCCUGGCACUCAAGUAUAACAGAGGAGAGGAACCGAAGUUCUUGCUCAAUCGAAAGAAACAAGUAACGGAAAAGUGGAAUUCGCUGGAAACUCUGACGACGCAUAACCACACGUCAGCAUCAGAUGUAUGGUCUUUUGGAGUUCUGUUAUGGGAGAUCAUAACCAUGGGUGGAGCUCCAUACAGUGGAAUAAGGCCGGACAACAUGCUGCUGUAUCUAAAGGCAGGAAAGCGCAUGGAGCAGCCACAUCACUGCUCUGAACAACUGUUUGGUCUUGUGCUGGGUUGCUGGGAGGCGAUGCCAGCAUGGAGACCUAGAUUCAGCCAGUUGGUAGACGGACUACAGCUGCUUGCCAUACAACCAGAGGACCAUCUUGACUUGGGUGUGUACGACGGAUCACUCUACUCCAAGUUUGAUGCAGAGUACCAGGAAUCUCAGCUGCUAUAGAGAGAACUUGUGACUGGAAGUUUUACUGUAGGUCAGCAACCCCUUGGAGUACUGGCUGCCACAACCAGUCACAAAGUCAGCGACGCCACUUCAGCAGUAUGAACUUGAAUUGCCUCAAUUGUAGAUUUUCUGACCUUGUCAUACUUGUCAAUUACCCAUAUUGCAUUUCCUCUUCUUGUGGCCAAGGUGAAGCUGUCAAUGCGCCACUAUUACUUUGAACAGAAUUCAUUGUCGUAUCAUGCAGUUGAGAAUAUUUCUAACUUUUAAAUAUUUGAAUUUUUGACCCUGCAUAUGAGAACAAUUAUCAUAGAAAAGUAUUCUGACAAGAUUUUACGUGUUGACUCUCCAACCUUAGACGUUCUCGGGAACUGUGAUGAUUUCGUUUAACCAGAAUGCUAUUGAUACUGUGACUUCAGUCACUGAUUCUUGCCUUGCAUAUGAACAUGCACAUCGUGCUUUGCCGUCAUGAAACAAACUACUAUACGAUCAUGUUACGUUGAGAAGAGUGUGCCGUAACUGGCACAUGCAAUGAA